AUGAAAAAUCCACUAGAAGAAGAGAUACAAUUGGCUAAAGUACUAAAUUUACUAAAGUUGUAUGAAUUGAAAUUAACAGAAUUUCAAGCUAAUUUGAUUUUUGAAAAAGUUCCAGAGGAAGCUUCAGGUUUUGUUGAGAAAUUCAUUUCUAAAACAGUCCGAUCACACCUUAAGAAUGAAGAUACAGAUGUUUUAUUAAGUAUUGGAUAUAGAUCAAUCAUGAAAGAUUCUUCUUUGAAUAACCCUGCUGGAUGUCAUGAAACUUGGUUAAAUAUUAAGCACUUGCGUAAUAAUAUUGCUCAACAUGAACAUAAAAUAUUGGGAGUAUUGUUACGGGUUUUCAACAAGAAUAAAAAAUUUAGAAGAUUAGCUAUGGAUAUUGCUAAUGAAUUACCAAGAAGUUCAUAUUCAGAUCCAGCUUUAACAGGCCCAUUGAUUCAUCUUUCUAUCAGUAUGAAGCGUCCACAAUUGGCAAAUGCUGUUUGUUCAACAAUAAAACCACCAAUUUCCCGUGAAUUACUUUCUGAUUUAUUAGUAAUGCAUUUAUCAUUUGGAGAUAGUGAAGGUACUGAAAGAGUUUUACAUCAGAUCAAAGAGAUGGAUUCUGAAUUGAGUGCACGAGAUUAUAUGGUUAUCAUUUCCCAACUUUUGAGGAGAAAUAAAUUCGAUGAAGCUCUCAAAAUCUUGAAAACUAUUCCAUUGGGAUGUGCUAUGAUUUCAUACAGCACCAUGAUUAAUCACUUUGUUAAACAAAGUAUCUCUCAAGGGGAUACCAUUUCACCAGACAAUUUGGCAAUCAUUGAUGAAUUAAUUACAAAAGCUUCAACAGUUUCAGUGGAUGGUUUUUGGGAUAGAUUAGCUCCAAUGUAUAUCAAAUAUUUGGUUUCUUCUGGGCUCAAAGCUGAUUUAGAAACUGCACAACGGAUAUACAUCAAUACAUUUUUGGAUUUUAAGGCUAAGGAAUAUUUGGAGAAUCAUUUAAGUUUAAAACUAAAUUAUAGUUUGGAUGAUACAAUUUUGACUACUAAUCCAUUUUUGAUUGAAGAUGAACACCAAAAAGGAUUGAUCUAUUUACGUGCUACAGAUGGUUGCAAAGUUAUCAUUUUGAAAAUUAUUGCAGAUGCAGCUAUAAGGAUUGGAAACGUUGAGGGGCUAACUUUUGCUUUGAAUCAGUUGGGCGAAGCAGGUUAUACUAAAAAUGAAAUAAUACUUGACUACUCAAGGAAAUAUAGAAAGAAAGCUUCCCAAAAGGGAUUCAAUCCUCGUAGAUUGAGGUCUUAUGAAUUGAAUGAUGACCACAGAUUUGAGGAUAUUAGAGAAAAUGAUGGUCUAGAAAAAUUGAAAUUUUUAAAGAAAUUUAAUAGAAAAUCCGCUUCAAAAGUCAAACAAAUGAGUGAUACCAGGUUUAAAUGA